UGAUUGGCCGGGAUUAACCAGGUGCAGCUGCUGGGCUGCUCACCUGCUCACCUGUCUGCACCGGGCAGGUGAGCGUCGGCCAAUCAGAGGCCUGCGAAUGCAGCCGAACCAGUCGGACGGACGGGUCGUAUCUGCUGGUCAGCAGACGCUGUGACAUCACCGUGACAUCACCGUGACAUCACUGUGACAUCACCGUGACAUCAUCGUGACAUCACCGUGACAUCAUGAGCUCCCCCACCAGGUACGCAGGAGACAGGGCUGCUGCCGGGGCCGCGGGGACCAAGGACCAGAUCCAGGACCAGAUCCAGGACCAGAUCCAGGACCAGAUCCAGGACCUGGAGCUGAGGGAGGAGUGGCAGGACGACGGCUUCCCCAGGCCUCUGCCGGAGUCGGGGGUCCUGGGAGAAUCUGGAGGUCUGCAGGAGUCCGGGGGUCCAGCAGGGGGAGACACUCACCCAGCCCCGCCCACCACCCUGGCCCUCUCCGGUACGCCGGGGGGCGGAGCUAAGCGGCGGCUGGUGGCGCCGUCUCUCAGCCUGACGCUGAGCCGCCGCGGCUCCCGCGACCGGAACGGCGACGGCUUCUCGGCGGCGGGGCUAUCGACCCCCGAGGACACGCCCCUGGACACGCCCUCCCUGGACGUCUACCUGGACGCCCUAGAGACGCCGUCGGACAGCGAGACGGGGACGAUACCGGACACCCUGGACCUGGACCUGGAGUGGGAAGACGACCUGCCUCGCACCGGGAGGGGCGGGGCCGGGGGCGGGGCCGGGGGCGGGCCCAGGGGCCCAGGUGAGGCCUCCGAGGGCCUGAUGCAGCUGGACCAGGUGGACAGCAGGGGGCGUCGCUGGAGACGGUUCUGCGUCUCCGGACACGAAUUCCACGUCAACAUGAGCGUCCUGGAGCCGUACCUGCAGGUGCUGUCGCACGGAGGUUACUAUGGCGACGGGAUGAACGCCAUCAUCCUGUUCACUUCCUGCUACCUGCCGGAGAACAACGUGGAGAACUACGAGUACGUGAUGGACAACCUGUUCAGGUACAUGGUGGGGACCCUGGACCUGAUGGUCUCCGAGGACUACGUCCUGGUCUACCUGUGCUCGUUGUCUCCCAGGAACAAGGUCCCGUCCAUCAAGUGGCUGCACCAGUGCUACACGUCCAUCGACAGGAGGCUGAAGAAGGACCUGAAGGGUCUGCUGGUGGUCCAUCCUGCCUGGUACGUCCGGGCCGUGCUCACCGUGGUCAAGCCCUUCAUCAGUGACAAGUUCAGCAGAAAGAUCCGCUUCAUCCAGAAUCUCCAGCAGCUUUCAGAGUUUAUCCCCACAGACCGACUGCAGAUCCCCGACGCCAUCCGCCAGUUUGAUGAGAAGUUGAACCGAUGACGGCGGUGACUCAGCAGGUUCCUCCCACCGUGGAGGUCAGAGGUCACCAGGAGGCCGAGGCCUGCUAGCUGCUAGCUGCUAUUUGCUAGCUGCUACCUGCUAGCUGCUACCUGCUAGCUGCUACCUGCUAGCUGCUACCUGCUAGCUGCUAGCUGCUAGCUGCUAUUUGCUAGCUGCUACCUGUACAGACGAACAUUAACGUGUAUUUAAGCUGCCGGUUGUUGGUGUUGGGGACUUGAACUGGUACUGGUGAAAUAAAAAAUAAAAUAAAAUAAAAAAAUUAUGAAAAAUAUAAUGACUCACUGUAUCCAUGGCAACGCCUCCUCUCAGACUGUGGUUUCCUGUCUGCUCUGUCCUGGUUCCCAUGGUAACAAUAUCAAGUCAUCAUCAAUCGGUUCGAUCAGAUCUGAUCUAUCUAUAAUCUGGUGUCCAGGAUGACGGGGUGGAGGGAUCUGAUUGGCUGUUGUCUCGACUUUUCCUGCUGCACUUCCUGUAAAAAAACCUGCAAU